UGGACUUUUGGAGUUUUGAUCCUAACGGUUUUUGAUCAUUCCGAUCUUACGCAUUCAAACUUUAAUGCUAAUCAGCCCAUUGCCUUUGGCUAAAUCCUCGAGUGCUUUCCAUUUUCCUUUUCUUUGCAAAAACACUUUAAAUCCUUUGAAGUGGGGCUCCAUCGCUCCAGUCGUCUGUAAGACGGACUAAUUCUUAUUUCUAUAGAUAUGGCGGCAACUCAGUCUCGAGAUUGGGCGUCUUUUGGGGUUUCUCUACCAUCUACAGCUUUGGGAAGACACUUGCAGGCGGCCAUGCCUUUCCUGUCCGAAGAAAACCACAAGUCCCAGGGCACAGUGCUCAUCCCUGAUGCCCAGGGCCCGAUUCCGUUUCUUGGGUCAGUCCCCCUCGUGGACCCGGAGCUGCCGUCGCAGUCACUGCAGCGUCUUGCCCGGCAAUAUGGCGAAAUCUACCGGUUUGUAAUUCCGGGCAGGCAAUCCCCUAUACUUGUUUCAACCCACGCGCUCGUCAACGAGCUCUGCGACGAAAAGCGGUUCAAGAAGAAGGUUGCAGCGGCCCUUUUGGGUCUUCGGGAGGCUAUUCAUGACGGUCUAUUUACGGCUCAUAACGAUGAGCCAAACUGGGGUAUCGCACAUCGCAUCCUUAUGCCAGCCUUUGGGCCAAUGGCAAUCAAGGGGAUGUUUGACGAGAUGCACGACGUAGCUUCCCAGAUGAUCCUCAAGUGGGCGAGGCAUGGGUCUACAACACCCAUUAUGGUAUCUGACGACUUUACACGUCUGACGCUGGACACUAUCGCUCUCUGCUCAAUGGGUUACCGCUUCAACUCUUUCUACCACGAUAGUAUGCAUGAGUUCAUCGAGGCCAUGACUUGCUGGAUGAAGGAAUCGGGCAACAAAACUCGGCGGCUGCUUCCGGAUGUUUUCUACCGGACGACCGACAAGAAGUGGCACGACGACGCCGAAAUCUUGAGGAGGACCGCCGAUGAGGUGCUGAAAGCACGCAAGGAGAAUCCUUCGGGACGCAAGGACCUUUUAACUGCCAUGAUUGAGGGGGUCGACCCCAAAACGGGCGGGAAACUAAGUGACAGCAGCAUUAUCGACAACCUUAUCACAUUCUUAAUCGCUGGCCACGAAACUACAUCCGGCAUGCUCUCGUUUGCAUUUUAUCUCCUGCUGAAAAACCCGACUGCAUAUCGCAAGGCUCAGCAAGAAAUAGACGACCUAUGUGGUAGGGAACCGAUUACAGUAGAGCAUCUGUCCAAGAUGCCCUAUAUCACGGCUGUUCUCCGCGAGACUCUCCGACUGUAUUCAACCAUUCCCGCAUUCGUUGUGGAGGCAAUAGAAGAUACUGUGGUAGGGGGUAAAUACGCCAUCCCCAAAAACCAUCCUAUUUUUCUCAUGAUAGCGGAGUCACAUCGCGACCCCAAGGUAUACGGCGACGAUGCCCAAGAGUUCGAGCCCGAGCGAAUGCUCGAUGGACAAUUUGAACGUCGAAACCGCGAGUUCCCCAACAGUUGGAAGCCCUUUGGUAAUGGCAUGAGGGGGUGCAUCGGUCGCGCCUUUGCCUGGCAAGAGGCUCUUCUCAUCACCGCGAUGCUGCUGCAGAACUUUAAUUUUGUUAUGCACGACCCCGCAUACCAGCUGAGCAUCAAGGAGAACCUGACCCUGAAGCCUGACAAUUUUUACAUGCGCGCCAUUCUCCGACACGGCAUGUCACCAACGGAACUUGAGCGCUCCAUCUCGGGCGUUGCACCUACCGGCAACAAAACGCCCCCGCGGAACGCGACAAGAACAUCCAGCCCGGACCCAGAAGAUGGCGGUAUUCCCAUGAGCAUCUAUUACGGCUCCAACAGCGGCACUUGCGAGUCUCUCGCCCACAAGCUCGCCGUGGAUGCCUCGGCCCAGGGCUUCAAGGCCGAGACGGUCGAUGUGCUCGACGCCGCCAACCAGAAGCUGCCCGCCGGCAACAGGGGCCCGGUGGUACUCAUCACGGCGUCCUACGAGGGCCUCCCGCCCGACAACGCCAAGCAUUUUGUCGAGUGGCUCGAGAACCUCAAGGGAGGUGACGAGCUCGUCGACACAAGCUACGCCGUGUUUGGCUGCGGCCACCAAGACUGGACAAAGACCUUUCACCGCAUACCGAAGCUCGUCGACGAAAAGCUGGCCGAGCACGGCGCGGUGCGGCUGGCGCCUCUGGGACUGUCAAACGCCGCGCACGGCGACAUGUUUGUCGACUUUGAGACGUGGGAGUUUGAGACCCUGUGGCCUGCGCUGGCCGACAGGUACAAGACCGGGGCGGGGAGGCAGGAUGCUGCCGCGACGGACCUCACGGCGGCACUGUCGCAGCUCAGCGUCGAGGUCUCACACCCGCGCGCCGCGGACCUCCGCCAGGACGUCGGCGAGGCCGUCGUCGUCGCCGCGCGCGACCUGACGGCCCCCGGAGCCCCGCCGAAACGCCACAUGGAGAUCCGCCUGCCCAAGACGGGCGGGCGCGUCCACUAUUCGGCCGGCGACUACCUCGCCGUCCUGCCCGUGAACCCCAAGUCGACGGUCGAGCGGGCGAUGCGCCGGUUCGGCCUGGCCUGGGACGCGCACGUCACCAUCCGAUCGGGCGGGCGCACGACGCUCCCGACGGGGGCGCCCGUGUCGGCGCGCGAGGUGCUCAGCUCGUACGUGGAGCUGACGCAACCGGCUACCAAGCGCGGCAUCGCCGUGCUGGCCGGAGCCGUGACCGGCGGCCCCGCCGCGGAGCAGGAGCAGGCCAAGGCGGCGCUGCUGGACCUGGCUGGCGACUCGUACGCGCUCGAGGUCAGCGCCAAGCGCGUCGGGGUGCUGGACCUGCUGGAGAGGUUCCCGGCGUGCGCGGUGCCGUUCGGGACGUUCCUGGCGCUGCUGCCGCCCAUGCGCGUGCGGCAGUACUCCAUCUCGUCGUCGCCGCUGUGGAACGACGAGCACGCGACGCUGACGUACUCUGUCCUCUCGGCGCCGUCGCUCGCCGACCCGGCCAGGACGCACGUCGGCGUCGCCAGCAGCUACCUCGCCGGCCUGGGCGAGGGCGACCACCUGCACGUGGCGCUGCGGCCGUCGCACGUCGCGUUUCGGCUGCCGUCGCCCGAGACGCCCGUGGUCUGCGUAUGCGCCGGGUCUGGCAUGGCGCCCUUUCGUGCGUUUGCGCAGGAGCGCGCCGCGCUGGUCGGGGCGGGCCGCAAGGUCGCGCCGCUGCUGUUGUUCUUUGGCUGUCGCGAGCCGGGGGUUGACGAUCUCUACCGCGAGGAGCUGGAGGGCUGGGAGGCCAAGGGGGUGCUGUCCGUACGGCGGGCGUAUAGCCGCAGGACGGAGCAGAGCGAGGGGUGCAGAUAUGUCCAGGACAGGCUGCUGAAGAAUCGGGCAGAAGUCAAGAGUCUCUGGAGCCAGGACGCCAAGGUGUUUGUCUGCGGCAGCCGUGAGGUAGCUGAAGGCGUCAAGGAGGCCAUGUUCAAGGUCGUGGCUGGCAAGGAGGGCAGCAGCGAGGAGGUGCAGGCUUGGUAUGAAGAGGUGAGGAAUGUGCGUUAUGCUUCGGAUAUCUUUGACUGAAGUUGCAAAAGAUUGUUUCGUCCUUUUUGUUUGGGAGUGAGCGAAAGGAUUUGCUCAGUAUUGGCGCUUGGAGUUUUUGGGUAGAGCUUCUUGAUGCGAUAAUUACUGCUCAUCUGUUGAAUGUACAAAAAUAAAUGACAGAAUUGAAUUGUUAUGGCCAG